AUGCCUUCGGUGACGUCCACCGCGCGGGGGGGCGCGGGUGAUGCGGUGGCGGUCGAGGCGACCGUGGACGGAUGUUUGAACGAUUGGACGGCGCGGCGCGGGCGCGGGGUGAUCGGACGCGGGAGCAGUGCGGUGGUCACCGCGACGUGGCACGCGCGCCUGGGAACCGUGGCGGUCAAGCGCGUGCGCGUGGACGACUCGACGAUGGAGACACAGGCGAAGAAGGAGGCGGCGACGCUUCGAAAGAUGAUGUCGAGACGAAAAUCUUCAUCGUCGCCGUGCGCGAUAGAGGACGCGCACGGUGGGAUCGUGCGGUGUCUCGGGUUGGGUUUCGACGGGCGCGCGAACGAGGCAAAUUUUGCGCUCGAGUUGAUGCACGAGGGAUCGCUCGAUGACGUCGUUCGAAAGCGCGGUCCGCUCGGUCCGCAUCCACGCGCGGCGAUGUGUGCGUUAAGAUGCCUGACGAACGGGUUAUCGUACCUCCAUGACGUCCUCGGCGUCGUGCAUCGAGACGUCAAGCCGAGCAACGUGCUCGUUGACAAGGAGGGCGCGUUCAAGCUUUGUGACUUCGGCCUGUGCGAGCGCAUAUGUGGGAUCGCGACCGAAGUGCGCUCGCCGCUUUCGUUCGACGUCAAAUCAUCGUCCGAAUCCAACAUGCUCGGGACGAUCGCGUACAUGUCGCCCGAACGACUCGUGUCCAGCGCGGGACGGUGCGGGCCAAAAUCUGACGUCUGGAGCCUCGGAGUGACGGUGCUCGAAGCUGUGCUCGGACGUCCUAUCUUCAACAUCGAGGACGGUGGUCCGCUCGGAUUGGUGAUGCAAAUCGUCGAAGAUGACAUCGAUGUCGGCGGCAUCGUCAUAGACGACGACGUCGCGUCGACAACCCUACGCGCGGCGCUCUACGCGUGUCUGCGUAAGCGUCCCGAAGAGCGUGUCUCCACACGCGAGCUCCGAGGCGUCGACGGUGUCACGAUCGACGGUGUUGGCGUCGAUCUUCACAAAUAUUCGUGCCUGGACGCUCAAAAGUUCUUAUAUCCAGAUUUCGGCAAGGUCGUCGCCGCGACGAGCGAGCGAUCCGAGGACUCGGACGAUUCAAUAUUUUGA